UCAGACAAACGAAUUAAAAUAACCAAUCAAAAAUAAUGUUAGAAUCCUUGGAAUCAUCGGAAACCAUCUUAGAUGACGAAAGUUACGUCUAUGUACGAGUAGCUUCAACAGUUCCUGACAAUAUUAUAGAAUUUAAACAUUCCUUUGGUUAUGAUUGCAAAAGGUUAUUCAACUUGUGUCUAAUCGAUGACGAUACUUUGGUGUUUGCAUCAGGAAAUUUAUUGCAUUACUAUUCAAUUUCAAAAAAUCAAUUAUCCUUUCGAAGAACAAUUUUUGGUUCUGGAGUUGGUUUUAUAAUUAAAAAUAAUAACCCGGACUACAAGAACCACCUGACGAUUGCAGAAAAUGGCACGGAAUCCACUAUUUUCAUUUAUGAGUAUCCUGAACAUGAUAUAGUGACGGAGUUAAAGGGCGGUGCAGUGCGUAAUUUCACAUGUGGCACCUACAACAAUGCCGGUGACUUGCUUGCCUCCCAAGCUGGUUAUCCAGAUUAUAUGUUGACAAUAUGGAAUUGGCAGACAAGUUCAAUUGUCCUUCGGUCUAUGGCAUACCAAAAUGAUGUCCUUGAUGUGGCAUUCUCAGAAUUUAAUCCGAUUUUACUGGCCUCAUCGGGAUUGAAUCAUGUGCAGUUUUGGAAAAUGGCAAGAACUUUUACCGGUCUGAAACUAAAGAGCAAUGUGGGGCGUUUUGGAAAAACGGAUUCUUCUGAUGUGUAUGCAGUUUACAUGCUGGCUGAUGAGAAAGUAAUUUCGGGUUGUGAAUGGGGAAACAUGCUCGUUUGGGAAGGUGGUUUGAUAAAGGUUGAAGUGACAAGAAAGGCACGCCUUCCCUGCCACACGAAACCGAUUACCAGGAUAAUUUGGAUGGGAAACAAUGAAGUUAUGACUGUUGGCAUGGACGGCUAUGUUCGGAUUUGGUUUUGGGAAACUGUUGAGUUAGCUGAUCCACCAGAAGAUGAUCUAUAUGUCGAAAUCGAUCCGAUUUUUGAGUUUCGAAUAGGAGAUCGGGACGAAUCGUGUGAGUGUAGACACUUGGUGAAGUCCAAACCACUUGAUGAAAAGGAUUUUCAAUAUUAUUCACAGGAUGGCAAUGGCGGGGUUUGGUUGUGUGAUCUAAAUACUGAAGCAACACCCAAUUCACCAAAGAAACUUUUUUCUUGUCAUGGAGGCAGAAUUGUAGCGGCUCAAGCAAGUCCAGUUUCAUCGUAUAUAGCGACUCUAGGAGCCGAUGGAAAAUUAAGUUUAUACAACUAUGAAACUGAGCAAAUUUUGCUUGAGGAACACUUUAAUGCACCCGGUAGGGAUCUCAUCUGGCUUGAUACAUCUGUAGAUCCAUCUGGAAUGGUGUUAUUAAUUGGUUUUGAGGAUGGUGUAGUUCGUCAAGUUGCCUUAGAAUUGCCUGACUAUAACAUCGACGACAACAGCUUUACUUCAACGACUCGUUUGUAUUUUAUUAACGCCAUCAAACCACACGCAUCACCCAUAACUUUCCUAGAAGUGUCUCCUAGUCGAGAUAUCCUUGUUUCAGGUGCAAUGGAUCAAACCAUGUUUCUUUUUCAUAUAAAGAAUAAUGAUUUAGAGUAUGUGGACUUAAUUCCAUUGGGAUUUAUUGUGUUGGAAGGAUCACCAACAUGCCUUUAUUGGAAUAAAGAAAAGUCUUUGACGGCGAUCAUUGGAUGUUUUACGGGAGAAGUAUAUGAGUGCGAUUUUCCUUCACCGGAAUCUAUUGAUGUUGUAAGGGUUCGACCAACUUGGCGUAUAGAGCCUCUGGCAACGAAAAUGGUCAAAUUUAAGUCUCUUAAAAGCCGAAUUCGAAGAGAUAUAGAAACAACCGCUCGAUUAAGAAGAAAGGCAAAGAAACUUGCAGCAAAGAAGAAAGAAUUGAAACGACUUAUGGAAAUCAAUCCAGGCUUGGAGUUUGAUGAAAGUGCCUUGGCUGAUUCAUCGGGGAGCGAGGAUGAAGAAGCCCAGAAACCAUUGCAUAUACCAGAUCCUCCAAAUCCUAUAUUGUGGCUAAGGUAUACUGAUAAUGGAACAAUUUGGCUAUCGAUGGCUGGUUACGAUGCUGGUUAUGUUUACGAAGUUAAAUUUGGUGAAGAAGAACCUAUUAGAUGCACUAUCAUUCCCGAAGCUGAUGAUAUAGAAAUAAAUUCCUAUUUAUUUAUAGAUAAAUAUCUCAUUUUUGGAAUGAAAACGGGACAGAUUCGGGUUAACGUAGUUAAAACUGAUUUUCAUGAUUUAUCGGACUUCUGGCUAAUCAGCAUGCAUGACAACUUGAACGGUGUAAUACCUCGUAUCUUAACAAGCUAUGACGGCAAAUGGUUUUUCUCGAUUGGCCACGAUGGAAAUAUAUUCUACUAUAAAUGGAAUGGACCAGAGGUGAAAAGAGAAUGUCAAGCACCUUGCUUAUUUAAAAAACCCUCCAAAGUUUAUAAAGAUAUUGAAGAUAAAAAUCAGUUGUCCUUGGAAGAAGUAAAAAUUCAAGAUAAUCUAAUCAAAUUACGUGCUUUUGAAGAUGAAGAACGCAGAAGGCUUGCGCCUAGUUUUCAGGUUAUGCAGUUGCAGGUUUAUUUUAUAAGCAAAAAGAGUCAGCAAUUUUUCCAAGAAAAAUUAAAUGCUGUGUUGGAGAGAUUGAAGCAUGAUGUUCCUGGAGCUUGUCGUGAUGCCCAAGAACUCUACAAUAUUAUGUUUCAUUCAUUGGAAUACAUUCCAUUUCAAGUAUUUGGAAUCACAAAUGAUAUUGCUGUUUCUGUGUUUCGAUUACCAAAACUUUUGUUCACCGUUGAUUCAAACAGGGAAGCUGAUGCUGAAGAAGAAGAAGAAGAAGAGGAAGAAGAAGAAAUGGAAGAAGAACAAUCAAAAUUGACUACCACUUCUCUAGAAUCUGUAACCACUUUACCUGGUUCUAAACUAUCUGAACCUUCCUUAGCCAGUAUAAUUUACGAUUUUCCGGAGAAGGUUCUUCUAAAAUUUUACAUCAGGAUUUUAGAAUUUUUCGCAUUACUCAAACAAAUCAAGGAUGAAGAAAUUGAACGGCUUCUAGAAAUGUAUGGAGAUGAACUUGAUGACGAAGAGCAGUCAUUUACUAGUUUUGAAGCUGAACUAUUGGAAAAGGAAGAUGAAAAUGAAGAUGAGAAUGAAGAAGGGGAAGAAGAAGAAGAAGAAGAGGAAACCUCACUAAUAGAACAAGCUAAUGAUUUUUUGAAAAAUUCUAUAAAGGAAAAUGUUGAAGUCAAAAACUUAGAAAUAAACAUUAUCAAAGAGAUUCUUUACAAUUUGAAGUCGGACUUCAAUAAUAAAGUAAUCUGCCUUAAAAAAAAUAAAUCUAGUCUCUAUAGGAAAUAUCAAAAACUUCAAGAAGAAAUAUUAGCCGCCGGAGACAAUGUAUCAUUGAUUGAAUUACGUGAAAUUGUGCUUUAUAAUGAAUACCCGGAAGAAGUUUUCAAAGAACCCUUCAUAGCUUUGAGAUCUUUUGAGUCUAUAUUGUGGGAGAAACCAAUGAAGAUAAAAUUGCACGAAACAUUUGCUGAAGAAGAAGAAAUUGAGUCAGUUAAUAAUGACGAAAUUGAAGAAUACCAAGAUGAAGAGAACGAAGAGGAAAUUAACUUACAGAACGAAUCAAGCGAAGAAUGGUCCAUGGAACUGGACAAUCUUAUCGGAAAAGUAAACGAAAAAAUCAACUCUUUUGAUGAAGAAUUACAAAAAGUUGCAUCCGAUCGCGUACGGUUUGAAGUUGAAAUCAAGUAUUUAGAAUAUCUAGAAGAAAUGUCUCUCCAAGAGUUGGUAAUUCUUCAAAAUUCGGUAGUAACAGAAAAAAGCUUAGUGGAGCGAGAUGAAGCAGCAAAAACUGCAAGAAAUGAAAUAAGUUCAAAAAUCAAGAAACUUAAUAAUGAAAUUGAUGCAAUGACUAAAAGCUUUAGUUUGCUAAAAGACGAUAUAAAAAGGGUACAGGUUGAGUUUAACGAAGCCAUAAAGGGAAAUAAAUUUUUCAAGUUUUUAAAACGAAUAUUCGAGAAGAAAUAUAAGCCUCCUAAGGAACAAAAACCUGAUGAUGAAACCGAAUCUUCAACUGAAGAUUCAACCACAGAUGACGAUGAUGCUGGAAGUGGUGAUUCAGGGAAUAUGACAGUCAUACGUCUUGAUGAAUCACAUUGUCCCAAUGGCUGUGACCGUAAGCUUUAUGAUCUAUCCUUUGAGCUAAGAGAUGAGCGACACUCUCUGGAGCAGAAAAUACACGAUGGGUAUAAAUCAAACGAAACAAAAAGAAAGGAAAUCGAAGAACUAAAUCGAAGGGUUCCCAGUGCUGAUGAGCUUUGUAUAACAGAACGCUCAAAUUUGUUAGCUUUUAGACGACAAAAAGAUGAACAACUUCAUGCGGUAGAAACCGAACUUAUCUACAGCAUUGAAGGAUUUGGAUUAAAUAUUCCACAAUUUGAGAAGGACUCUGAAGAACUCGAUAAAUACCUGGAAGAUCAACUCAAAUCAAAAAAGAAAGAACUUUGUCAACUCAAAGAAGAGUUACAGCGUCCAAUUGAUGUUUACACUGAAAAGAUGAGAAUUCUACUUCAAUUGCUUGUUGAACGUGAUCAACUUCGGCGAAAGAAACCUUCAAUCAUUCAGGUUUCUGAGGUCGAAGAAGUGAUUUCUGUUGUGUCUGUGAUCAAACCACCAACACCUCCACCACCUUUUGACUUUGAAGCCUACGCUUCGGAAAAGAUUAUGAAACUUGUUCAACAUUUCUUUUUCCGAUACCUUUCAAAACACAUCUCUGAAGCUUACAUGCGAAAAUAUAUUCCAAAAGUUGCAAGAUGCUUAGGUAAUAUCGGAAGAAACUUUACAUGUGAGCUGGCUGAUAACAUUGUUGGGGUGAUAAUUGAAAACUUACAGAGAAUUGUUCCUAAAAAGUACCUCAUCCAUGCAUCACUUGACGAUAUUCGGAGUCUUUUCAAAGAUAUCGUCGCCGUUUUUGAGCUCGACCCUGUCGAGAUUAAUCCAACAGCAGUGAUUAACGAAUCAAUUGAGAAAGUUAUAAAAGCAUAUUCGAAAAUAAAAUGUACAAACAGAACUCAACGAAUUAUUUUGGAAAUAAGUCAAAUUCUGAUUGAAGAACUACCAAUGGAUGAUUUUCGAAAUCCGGAUACAGUUCGAAUUCUGGCAAAAUUCCUUGCUAGAGAGUCGGUUAUUAUUCCUAAUUGUUUAAAUGUCGAAAUGUUGGUGGAACAAGUGGUAAUGUAUGCUAAAGAGCAUAUGCUUAGUGCUGUAACGGUGAAGAUUAUACGAAAAUACGCCGAAGAUCUUCUGAAGGAACUGCUUCAGCGGAAGGUUGAAGAAGUGCGUUUGGUUAAGCCGAAGGAGAAGAGUUGUAAAGAUUUGCGCAGGAAGAAAAGAUUUUAGAAUUGUAGCUUUGGAAAAAGAAUUUAAUAAAAAUGU